CGAGUUGCGGAGACGCGCAGAUCUGGGACGCUCAUCGAUCAUUAUCGAUUAUCGACCCACGGACACUGAUUUCUGCCUGAACACUGAACCUGAACCCGUUUGGAAUUUACUCCGAUUUGAUCACUUUUCAUCAAGUUGAAGGCCGCCGCCAUGCCGCCGGUGUUGACCUCGGACUACGACUACGACACGUUCCGGCCCUGCUUCCUCCCCGACCCGCCACCCCGCUGCCAGCUGCUCCCGGGGCCGGGGGAGGACAUCUGGAAGAAGUUCGAGCUGCUGCCCACGCCCCCGCUGUCCCCCAGCCGGGCGCCGUUUCCGCCCGACGCCGCGCUGCCGGCCGCCGCGCUGCCGGCCGCCGCCCACCUGGAGGCGGUCUCGGAGCUGCUGGACGAGGACUGCGGCUCCACCUCCUUCCUGCAGUCCUUCAUCAUCCAGGACUGCAUGUGGAGCAGCAGCUUUGCCGCUGCCACCAAGCUGGAGAGAGCGGUGUCUGAACGGCUAGCGUCGCUGCGGGCACGCCAUGACUCCGCCCCCAGCGCCGGGGGCGAGGCGGGCGGCCGCCAGGUCAACGCCGAGUACCUGCAGGACCUCCACCCUGCAGCGGCGCACUGCGUUGACCCCUCGGCGGUGUUCCCGCCCACCUCCGCCGGCGGAGGUGGAGCCUCCGUGAAAACGGAGCUGAAUCUGGAGUCACCGCCGCUCAGCAGCAGUGAAUCAGAAGAAGAAGACGAGGAGGAGGAGGAGGAGGAGGAGGAUGAUGAGGUGGAUGUGGUGACGGUGGACGGGCUAAGGACGCCGCGCCGCGCCGGCCCCUUCCCCAUGGUCCUCAAGCGCCCCCCCCAUGUGGACGUCCACCAGCACAACUACGCCGCCCAGCAGCCCGCCGUGAAGCGGGUGAAGGCGGAGGCCCCGGCGGCGAGGCCGUGCGGCGGUGGCGGUGGCGGCGGACGGCGCUGCGGGAGUCCGCGCUCGGACGACUCGGACAGCGACAGGCGCCGGACCCACAACGUCCUGGAGCGGCAGCGUCGGGACGAGCUGAAGAGGAGCUUCGAGGCGCUGAGGGAGGAGAUCCCCGCCGUGGCGGGCGACCGCAAGGCGGCCAAGGUGGCGAUCCUCAGGACGGCCGCCGAGCUGAUCAGGGCCAUGCGGGCGGAGGAGCGGAGGCUGCAGGCGGCGGGGGACGGGCUGAGGGGGAGGAGCCGGGCGCUGAGGCGCCGGCUGCAGCAGCUCGGGACGCGCUGACAGCGUCCUCACCGCGUCGGCGCAGCUGGACUGGGACCGGCGACCUUUGACCCUGUUUAAUUUAAGACAUUUCUACUCGUUGCUGCUCGUCUCUGAACGUUUGACUUUUCAGUUUUGAAAAACUUUAUUUUUAUAUAUUUUAUCAUUCACACCAGAGGAAGUACAUGCUGCAAACACGUCAAAAUAAAAGCCCCUCCUCUGUUGGAGGUUCUGCUACGUUA